UCAUACAUGUUCAGCUUGUUGACAAAUAUGUCUCCCAGAUGGGGCAGCGAUCAUCCAAAGUUCGUAACAAGAAAUCUGGUGGUGCCCUCUUUACGAAAAAGAGAGACCCCUCAUUUCUUCACAGCACGGAUAAAGUCGUCAUCGAGGAAACCAUUAUUGAACUGGAUGGUGAGAAGAGUAUAGAAGCAGACGACAAAAAUGUUGAUCGAAGUGGAUUGUUUUGUGUAGACAAUCCAACAAAAGAUGGAAAUAAAACCCCUUUCAAUGUGGAGAUAGAGGAAUUAGACACAGAAGCUGCCAUAGAGGUUGUCAGGUUAACAAAUGAUGUUGAAAGGUCAUCUAAUGAAGAGGUCAAGUCUGCUGAGCCAAAAGUUCAAGUCGGGGGUAAGAGGCCCAGGGAAAGUGGACCAGUUAAUCCUGGGAAUAAUGUAGUCGAAGACGAAGGUAGUGUUGGAGGAAAGGGAUUGAAAACUGACGAGGAUAAUAAUGUUGCAAACUUGAAGGAAAAUAAUUGUGAGGAUGAAGAUUCCAAAUUUACUGGUGUUGUGAAAAGAAGGUUUACUUUGGAAGAGGAUGAUGUUGAUGACAGUGGAGUUCAAUGGGUGCCGUUCAAUAAAAGUCAGGGGCAUACUGAGGUGAGUUGUAAGGAAACAGAAAAGAAACAUGUCCACUUCAGUGAAGUAAUCGAAGAAAAAUUAUUGGAGAAAGUUUCAGAUGAAGAGGAAAGUGAUUGUAGUGGUGAGGAUGAAAAUGAUUCCUCAGAUAGCUCUGUAGGUGAGGUUGAAGAAGAGGAAAAUGAUGAAGAUAGUGAAAGUGACAAUGAAAGUGAAGGUUCAGAUGAAAGUACCAAUGAAUCUAGCAAUGAGGAAGAUGAUGACGGAAAAGAUGGAAAUCAAUAUGCUCUUGAAAACGUAGGUAGAACAUCUAAAUCCCCAGUGGGAAAAUUGCAGGUAACGUCUGGGAAGAAAUCCAAGUCUCCACCUGCUACCAGAAACAACAGUGUAAAUUCAGCUAGAUCUGGGGAUAAUAAAAUACCAUCCGAUGAUCUGGAAACAUUCAUGUAUUUACAACCCUGCGACAAGGUAGUGGUAGUCGAGAAAGACAUGAAGAGUUUUCCGGUAAGAAAUGAUAAAAUUUACAUCACUUGUAUCAAACCAGCCGUUGUCAAUGAGGCUUCACCGAAACCUGAAAGUCUUACCAAGUUACAUAAAAAUGGAUACUCUCCAGUACAAAGUCCCCAUAUGGGAAACAAUGGAUAUUCUUUAGUGAAAAGUCCUCGAUCAUUAACUACUGGCUGUUCUCCAACAAGAAGUCCUGUAUCAGUAGCUAAUGGAUAUUCGCUGACAGGAAACCUUCCUUCUGUUAUCAAGGGACCAUCUCAAGGUUCAGGUACUGUCAGCAAAAAAUCAGUACUCAAUGGAAGCUCUCCAACUUUCAGUACAUGUGAACUUAAAGCCAAUGAUAAGGAUUUACGAGAAAUCGACAAUAAGAUUAGAAACGAUAACUUUUUAGAGCCCGGGGAUUCGGCUGCAUAUCUGAAAGUUAAACUCGGAGGAGAUGAAAAGAAAGAAUGUGAUGAACAGAGCAGACGUGGUACUCCAGGACUUUAUGUCAAAGAGACCAUCUAUAAGUUAGAUGAGAAAGGGCAAAGAGGACACAAACAACGCGUGCCUGUAAGAGUCCGAUUUCAAAACCCUGGUACAGACUACAGAAAGAAACCUGAAUUGUGUCUACUCAAACUUGACUCAUUUGUAUCUAGUCCUCGUACAGUCACCAAGAAAGUUGGAAACAUUUUACGGGCCAAGGAAAAUAAAAGAGAACGCCUGCCAGGAGAUGGCGAGGCGAGUCUGGAGGAGUUUGGUGACGAUGACGAUGACGGAAUAGACUGUUUAGAAGAUGAUUAUGUCGGGGGAUCUGAUGGUGAAUCGGAUGGCUACUCCAUCACCAGUAGUAUUUCUCGACAAUCAUCUGCGGCCCGGUCUCGUGCAAGGUCUGCACGCCGGUCCGCUGCCCGAUCUGCCAGCUCGACAAGUGAAGACUCACGACCUCGCACUGCCAAAGCUUCAGCCUCGGCCAUUACCACAACUGAACAGGAAAAAGUCCCCCAAUCUCCUCUCCGCCCAAGUCUCUUCCCAAACAUCCCUCCCACCAUCAACUUUGUUGUAGAGGGUGAGAAAGUGGAACAGUUACCGUGGGAAUACAGAAAGUUACUGAAGUGGAGGAUGAGUCCAAUCACACCAAACAUUGUCAAACACACGCUUGCUCGUGUGGGGUUCCGCAUCACCAAACGAAACCAUGAUUGGUUAGGAUGCUGGGGUAAACACAUGAAAUCUCAGGGCUUUAAGGCAAUACGGGAAUACCAGAAGUUGAACCAUUUCCCAGGUUCGUUUCAAAUAGGUAGAAAAGAUCGUCUGUGGAGAAAUUUGUCUAAAAUGCAGUUGCAUUGUGGCAAGAAAGAGUUUGGAUUUUUCCCUCAGACAUUCGUCCUGCCUUAUGAUAAUAAAUUAUUGAAACGUGCAUGGGAAGAUGGAGGCAACAAGCAGAAGUGGAUUAUCAAACCUCCAGCAUCAGCGCGAGGGAUUGGUAUCAAGGUUAUUAGCAAGUGGAACCAGAUACCACGCAAACGGGCAGUCAUCGUACAGAGGUAUCUGGGUCGGCCGUAUCUGAUCAACGACAGCAAGUUCGACAUGAGAAUCUACGUUUAUGUCAGCAGCUACGACCCACUGCGGGUGUACGUGUUUGAGGAUGGACUCGCGAGAUUUGCAUCGUGCAAGUACUCGUCAUCCAUGAAAAAUCUCAACAACAAAUUCAUGCAUCUCACCAACUACAGCAUUAACAAGAAAAAUGAUGAUUACCAGGCUAACGGUGACGAAAAACUGUGUCAAGGUCACAAGUGGGGACUGAAGGCUUUGUGGAACUAUAUGAAGCGACAGGGCGUCAACACUGCAGCCAUCUGGGAAAAUAUCAAGGACCUGGUCAUCAAGACAAUAGUCUGUGCUGACUCUCCAAUCAACAGUAUGAUCAAGGCAAAUGUUCGUAGCCGUUACUGUAUUCACGAGCUGUUUGGAUUUGACAUCCUUCUAGACGAGAACCUAAAACCAUGGAUCCUAGAGGUCAACAUAUCACCAAGUUUACAUUCCAACUCUCAGCUGGACAUCAACAUUAAAGGCCAAAUGAUCAGAGACCUCUUUAACAUUGCUGGUUUCCGUAUCCCAGAGAAACAUGAUGUUGUUGUCCAUAGCAACCAAACGACUACCACAGAUUUCAGUAACCAUGUUCCUUCCAAUGACUAUUGUAUGGACAAACGUUUGUUUGCCCAAAACCACUCGUCGGACGAGCGGAGUAAACAUGCCUACUACAGCCAGCGACAUCAGGACGAGCAAGUUUUGCAGACCAUCUUGGACGUACUGACACCUGACGAUAUACGAAUACUGACAGAGAGUAUUGACGAGGACAGUCGCAAGGGCUCCUUCCAGCGUGUGUUCCCCACUCCGAGCACACACAAGUACAUGCAUUUCUUUGAGACGCAACGCUACUACAACUUGCUGUUGGACCAGUAUGUACAGAGGUACAACAGAAUGGAACAAAAAGGUAUAUCUCUACUAGAGCUGUAUUGUGAUGAAGGUGUGCAUCUGGCAAAUCCAACGGACAACCCAUAUCACCAGUGGGCUCCGCCAAAUUCAGGUUUGAACAGUUUCCGCGGUGAGCCGCGGAUGCAAAGUGCACCACAGCCCAAACAUGACAUCCGUGCUGCCAUGCAUGUGAGGUCGAGUGUAUCCACUUCACAAUUGCCGAAAGUGUCUAAAAAGCCGCCCAGAGCCCCUGCCGUCGCUAUCCACAGCCAUAGAACGGCAUCCCAGUCUAGUAGUGCGUCAUCGAUGACCUCACCCGGGGAAACAACGCCCAUUACAAAUUACGCAAGUGUAGCCUCUUUAUCAGCCACUAAGUCCAGGUGACUGGCGGUCCGUCUUCCCCCGCUCAAGGACCUCUUCAACGGUAAUGUGCCCAUGUUAAACUCCAAACGAUAUCAACGUCACCAUUCCACGAAAUCCGGGCUCACCUCUCGUAGCUGUGAGUCGACCCGCAAACAACCACCUCCAAAGAAAGUUGUCAAAAAGAAGACAAGCAAAUCGGUGCAAAUGGAACAUUUCUUCUCAUGAUAGAGAAACUGUGUUCUUCGGUGCCAAAUUUUACUGACAUGUUUGACAUUUGAAAUAUGUUUUAUUUAAACUUUCUCAGUGGUUUUCGAAACAAAGCCGGGUGAAUCACACAAGUACAUUGUGUUGGUGUAAUAAGAAGCCUGUUUACAGACAUCACAAUAUGUAAGGCUGUGCCUGGGUGCUCAUCAUCAUCCUCAUUCAAGCAUGUCAUUUAUUUAUUCCAUAUGCAUACCUCAUAUACUUAUAUUAAAAGAAGCUCUGAGAAAUUCGCUGUGAAUUGUGAAAUUACCAGUCCCUUGAUUUAUAUGUUUUUCUCUUUGUCCAAGAUUCUGAUAGUUUUUGGUAAGACUUGUUCAAAACCAGUUUAGUUGAAUAAUUAUCUAUAUCACUUUUGUUUAUUAUGUAUAUUAUUAAGUGGAUCAUUGUGGUUGUAUGAUUUUAUACACAACUUUCCAAUGAGCAUAAGUAGUUGAAAUUCAAUAGUUUGAACUGUAAAUUUGAAAACUACAUAGUAUUUUCAAAAAAGAAAUUAAUAAUAUUUUGCAUAAAUGCCUUUUAUGAUACCAAACAAUGUGAUGUUUUUCUCUUUUUUUUUUCCUCACUUUGGUUAUUAUUAUUAUUUUUUUUU